AGUAACCUUUUUUACUGUUUUUUUUAAAUAUUAAAAAGAAUCAUUAUAUAUAUUUUGUAAUUUAGUCUUCAGUGACUUAGUAUAUUAUAGACUUUCUUACGGACAGCAAGUAAAUAAAAAAAACAUAUAUAUAAAAUUAUAUACAUAAAAAAUAUAUAUAUAAUUAUAUAUAUAAAAUAAAAUGAAAAUUUUUUUUCUCUUGGUUGUUUUCAUCGUUUAUUGCACUGCGAAGCCUACACUCACCACGUCUUCCAAUGGCGGUUUGCAACGUCCCAGUCCCAUUGAACCGACAGUUUCUACUGACACCAAGCUAAAGGAAUCUGAAGAAAAAUCAAAGUCCGGUGUAUUGCCUCAUGGUUACGAACAUCAUGUAAGUAAACGCGAUCAUAAACCCGAACAUACAGAAACAGCACCAGGAAAACCAAGCGUUGCCUUAGAGAAAUCUGUAGUGCGAAUCGCUCCUAAGCAGGAGAAUCCGGUUCUACUCGGAAAACCUAUAGAACAAAAACCUCAACAUAAACGCGAUGUGCCUGUACCUUUGGUACCGAAGUACCAUCAUUCUGAAGAGUCAACUAAAGGAGAAAAAAUCGACGUCAAAGAACAAGAUCCCAAGAAAGAUGUUAGUGUAAAGAAUCACGAGCAUAAACACAAACGGGAUGUUCAAGUUGAAGAUCUUACUGGUGUGAUUUACGAAAAACCUAAAGGUAAUGAGGAAAAAACCAGCACCACAGAACUUUCAAUAAUUAGCCCGAAACCAGCCACAGAACCUGUGGCUGAGCAUAAACAUUAAACCGAUCAUACAAUCCGUAGAUAAUUAUUUUUUUUCUUAAAUAUAAAACUUAAAGGAGAAGU